AUGGCCGACACCAGAUCCCAUGCUGUACGCGAUAACAACUUGUCGCCCCAGGCACUGUCAAGCUUCGAUGGAACAGAGGCUGAUCCUCGACUAUUCGCGCUUCAAGAAGAGUUGCGAAACGCUCUCUUCGUUGGUGUAGCUAACCCACCAGCCAGCCUGCACCCAUCAUCUCCUGCGGCUGGCCUUGGAGAGUCAGCUUCGAGGCAGGGAGGAUUCGACUUCACCCAGACAACAGUCCCAAAAACGCGUAUCAUCAAGCAUCUGAAAAACUGGAUAUCUGAGUGUGCUCCUCCCCUUGAUAAGUUUGACGAGGCCCGUCACUUCGGCAUCCACAUUCCAAACAUCGCUCGGACCUCACCAGCCCUGUUUUAUGCUAUGCUGGCCUUUUCCGCUACGCAAUCAGAGAAGAAAAAGCAUCUAAGUGGAACCCUUGAUAGCUUGGAAUUCUAUCAAGCGUCUAUUGAGUUCUUGAAGACAGACUUACGCGAGGGAAACGCGACAAGCCUGAUAACCGCUUGCAUUCUAGCCUUGUUAGAACUAAUGUCCGGUAAUUCCAAGAAUUGGAGGCGUCAUGUGGAAGGUUGUGCUGCUCUGUUUGAGGCUUCCGGAGUUAAUGGCUUCUCCGGUGGUCUUCUCCAGCCCGUCUUUUGGUGCUUCGCGCGUAUGGAUCUGUGUGGUGCCAUCAUUGCAGACGGCACGAAGAGCAGCGUACUCGACAUGGACAAAUGGAUUCCCAAAUCAGUGGCCAACUCGACUAAUCUGAUACGAGACAAGUUUUAUCAUGCAAGCCGGGACAAUCCCGAUAUGCACGCAAACUGGGCCGUCUAUCUGUGUGCUAAAGCUUGCGAUCUGGCUUGCCGGAGAAACAGAUUCUUAGAGCAGGACCAGCAAGAGGAAACCGACAGUCAGCCAUUUAAUGAGCAAUGGAACCAGUUAUGGAAUGAUUUGGAAUACUGGGCUGAGACUCGCGGUCCUGCAAUGUUGCCAGUCAAAACUAAGGCGGCUACUGGCCAAGGAUUUCCUGAGAUACUCUAUGCUCAUUACGCGGCCAUAUCUGCAAACCAACUACGCCAUGCCGCCUCAAUUAUAAUGCUAGAUAUACAGCCUCAAGAAAGAUCAGGCCUCUAUUCGGAACCACAGUGGUCCGCUUUAUGGCAUGCUCGACAUAUAUGUGGCAUCUCUUUGACAAAUUCACACGCAGGAAAGCAUUUGACCAUUGGUAAACUGCUCAAGUUUACUGAAGAUACAACCGGAUGGGACACGCUAUGGAGGCUGGCAGAUUUGGAACAAGUCUGGGGCUACAGGCGCGGAGAUAUAUUGUCGUGCAUUUAA